AUGGAUGGCGACGGAUCGGCGAAAGGUGGUGACGACGAUGAUAACAAGCCGUACGAAGAAGGCGAGGAUGACUACAACGAGGGAGAUGACAUGUACGGAGACGAAGGUGAUUAUGGCGAGGAGGAAGGUGGUCCCGAGGCUUCAGGAAAAGGACGGCCGCACCCUCCUGGCGAGGGCGAUGACGGCGAAGAGUACGGCGAGGAAUACGGCGCAGAGGGCGAAGGAGAGUACUACGAGGAGGAAGCUGGUGGUGAGGGUCAGAAGGAGGGAGGCGUGAAGGGCGAAGGCGAGGGGGAGUACGAGGGCGAGGAGGGGGAGUGGGAGGGCGAAGGCGAGUAUUACGACGAGGAAGGCGAAUACGUCGAAGGGGGCGGUGAGGGUGGAGCGAAGGGGACAGGCGAGGGAGAGGAGCACUACGAGGGCGAGGAGGGGGAAGGGGAGUGGUACGGGGAAGAAGGCGAGGGGCACGCGGAGGGCGGAGAGGGUGGAGCGAAGGGGACAGGCGAGGGAGAGGAGCACUACGAGGGCGAGGAGGGGGAAGGGGAGUGGUACGGGGAAGAAGGCGAGGGGCACGCGGAGGGCGGAGAGGGCGCGGAAGGUGGGGAGCACGCGGAAGGGGAAGAGUAUGCUGAAGGGGGGGAGUACGGGGAAGAAGGGGAGUGGGAUGAGGAGUAUGGUGAAGAGGGUUAUGGGGAGGAGGGGGAGUAUGCGGAAGAAGGGGGAGAGUACGCGGAAGAGGGAGGAGAAUACGCAGAAGAGGGGGGAGAACACCCGGAAGAGGGGGGAGAGUACGCGGAAGAGGGGGGAGCAUUCGUGGAAGAGGGGGGAGAGUACGCGGAAGCGGAGCGUAGAGAGGAAGGUGGUGGUGAUGUUCAUGCGGAGGGGGCAGAGGGGGGAGAAGUUGAAGAAGAGCUGCAGGGGGAUGGGGGAGAUAUGUAUGGGGAAGGGGAGGACAUGCACGGGGAAGGGGAGGACAUGUACGACGAAGAGGGUCACGGGGCGGGGGAGGAAGGAGUGGAGGGGCAAGGCAGAGGAGUGGCAAGGUCAGGGGGAUUGAGGAGGGGCAAGACAGGGAGCGACAAGGGCAGCGCGGAGGGGGCUGAGGGCGGAGAAGAGGAGGUUGAUGAGGGGCUGGGAGAAGACGAGAUGCACGCGGAGGAAGAGGGGGAAUACCCCGAGGAAGAGGGGGAAUACCCCGAGGAAGAGGGGGAAUACCCCGAGGAAGAGGGGGAGUACCCCGAGGAAGAGGGGGAAUACCCGGAGGAAAAGGGGGAAUACCUUGAGGAAGAGGGAGAAUACCCCGAGGAAAAGGGGGAAUACCCCGAGGAAGAGGGGGAAUACCCCGAGGAAAAAGGGGAGUACCCCGAGGAAGAGGGGGAAUACGUCGAGAAAGAGGGAGAGUACCCGGAGGAGGAGGGGGAAUACCCGGAGAAAGAGGGGGAGUACCUGGAGAAAGAGGGGGAAUACCCGGAAGAAGAGGGGGAAUACCCGGAGGAGGAGGGGGAAUACCCGGAGAAAGAGGGGGAGUACCCAGAGGAAGAGGGGGAGUACCCGGAGAAAGAGGGGGAAUACCCGGAGAAAGAGGGGAAAUACCCGGAAGAAGAGGGGGAAUACCCGCAGAAUGAAGGGGAAUACCCAGAGGAAGAGGGGGAGUACCCGGAGGAAGAGGGGGAAUACCAGGAGGAAGAGGGGAAAUACCCGGAAAAAGAGGGGGAAUACCCGCAGAAUGAAGGGGAGUACCCGGAGGAAGAGGGGGAAUACCCGGACAAGGGGGGGCAGGAAGGGGAGGAAUCGGGGCUGCAGAAAGGGGAGAGGCGGUUGUAUGCGGAGGCGGACGAUGCAGAGGGGGAGGCGGAGGAUGGAUUGCCGCGUGCGGACAGCGACGAGGAAGAGGGCGCGAGGGCAGUGCGCGUGGGGGAGGAGCAGGUGCUGUCGGAGGGGGAGGAGGGGGGCGCGGAAGCAACAGCGGAGGAGGGGCAGCGGGAAAAAGCGCGGACGGCGACUGAGGGUGAGAGAGUUGCAACGAAGGGAAGCGGCGAGGGGAGCGAUGCAGAGGAUGCGGAUGCGGAUGACGGGGACGAGGGCGGCGAGCAGAGGCUUGGCGACGACGAUGAGGGCACUGGGGUGGCGGAGGAGGAGAGGGAGGGGGGUGGGGAGGGAGGGGGGGAACGGGUUGAGGACCGAGGCGAGGACGCUGAGGCAGACGGAAGGGACAUUGAAGGCCGCAGCGUUGGUGGGGGGAGCGAUGAGGAGGGUGACGGGGAGAGAGUGGGCUCGGAAGGGUCACGCGGGAGGGGAGGCAGUGAGGACGAAGGGAGCGAUGGGGCGAGGGGGAGGCGGAGAGGGAGUGAGGAUGGCGGGGAUGCGGAGGGAAGGGAAGGGCUGUACAGUGAUGAUGAGGAGGAAAGGGGGUACGGUGGACGGCGGGGGGAGAGACGGGGCGAGUACAGCGAGGAUGAGAGGAGUGAGUACAGUGACGAGGGGGCGGGGCGAAGGGGAAGGCGACCCCAGUACAGUGAUGAGGAGGAUGAGGGCGCGCACGGGAGAGAUGGGGGGCGGCCACGGGGACGAUACAGUGACGAUGAGUACAGUGACGAGGACAGGGAGUAUGGGCGACGAAGGGACAGGCGUGCUGGUGAUGACGAGGAGGAUGAGGAAGGAGAGGGGUACAGGCGGAGAGAGCGGUAUAGUGAUGAGGAGGACGACGGCGAGAGGAGGAGAGGGCGCUACAGUGAUGACGAGGAGGAGGAGGGGUAUAGGAGGCGAGGAGGGAGGUAUAGCGAGGACGAAAGGUCGGAGGGUGCAGAUGAGGAAGCCGAGGAGGGAGCGGGUGGGGAUGGGGAUGGGGAGGGAGGUGCUGCUGCGGUGGAUGCCAAGGGCGCUGGGAAGGGUGGCGAGGCAGAAGACAUUUCGGGUGACGCGGAGGGUGGUGAGACGGUGGGGCAGGAGGAGGAAAGGCACGGCGAGGAGGAGGUGGGAGUGGGCGGCAAGGGCACGCGCCCCCAGGAGCGGAGUGAGGGGGAGGUGGACGCGGGGGAGGAUGCAGGCGAGGAGGAGGGGACGGAUGCGCUUCAGAACGAGGGGGAGAGGGAAGGGAAGGCGAGUGUUGGGGAAGAGAAGAGAGGUGGGGCGAAUGACGUGAGUGAUGAGGAGGACGAAGGGGUAGGAGGAGGCGCUUCUGAUGCUAACGGUGGUGAGCUCAUGGGGGAGGAACGACAAGGGGAGGCGGAAAGGGACUUGUUCAGCGAUGGUGAGGAGGAAAGGGAUGCACACAGUGAGGAGGAAAGGGAUAUGUAUGGCGAGGAGGAAAGGGAUAUGCAUGGUGAGGAGGAAGAGGAUAUGUAUGGCGAGGGUGGCACGGACAUGCAAAACGAGGAAAAGAGGGAUAUGUAUGGCGAGGAGGAAGGGGAAAUUCAAAGUGAAGAGGGGAGGGAUAUUUAUGGCGAGGAAAGGGAAAUGCAGAACGAGGAGGGGAGGGAUAUGUAUGGGGAUGGCGAAGGGGAAAUGCAAAGCGAGGAGGAAAGGGAAAUGCUAAGCGAGGGGGAGCGGGAUAUGUACGGUGAAGAACCCGAAGGUGUCGAGAGGAGUGAGGAUGGGUUGAGCGAGGAUGAGUCUCGUCUGCCUGGCCGUGGUGGUAAAGCUGUUGCGUUCCGAGGGGACGCGGGAGAGGAGGCAGAGGGAGAGGAGGCAGAGGGCGAGGAAGGUGGAAUUGAGAAAGGGACUUAUGGGGAAGGGGUCGACGAGGAAGGCAGUGACUAUAACGAGAGCCCCAGGGCUGAUGGAGGAGGUGGGACAGUGAGGGAGGAGGGGGACGAGGAAGAGCGAGAAGGAGAAGGGGAUGGGCAUGAGGAUGGGCAUGAGGAUGGGCAUGAGGAUGGGCAUGAGGAUGGGCAUGAGGAUGGGCAUGAGGAUGGGCAUGAGGAUGGGCUAGAUAGAGAUGAGGAGGGCGGGCCAGAAGAAGGGGCCGAGAGGGGAGUGUCAGGAGCAGAUGUUGAGGGGAUGGAUGAGGAAGGGGAUGAAUAUAGAGAGGGAGGGGAGGAGCUCUAUGACGAGGACAAGGAGGACGGGCCGGCUGGAGGCAUGGAUGGGAGGCGAGGGGGGAUGAGGGAGGACGAGGAGGAAGAGGAGGAGGGGGAGGAGUUGUAUGGAGGGUAUGGGGACGAGGAUGAUCACUCUCCACGUGAGUUUGGUGGGAGCGAAGAGCUGGAGGGAGAGGAGGGCGAGGAGAGGGAUGGCGAUGGGGGGGAGGAGGAGGAGCUGUACGGGGAGCAGCAUGAGGAGGGGCAAGGGGCGGAGGGCGAGGAGGGGGUGGAGGGAGAGGAGAGGGUGGGAGCGGCAGGGGAGACAGACGAUGUGUCUGAGGAGGAGGGGUUGACGCCACGGGGAUUGCGGGGCAGUGAGCAACUGAGCGUGGGAGAGGAGGAUGAAGACGAGGAGGGGGGAGAGAAGGGAAGGGCGAGUGUGAAUGAGGAAGAGGAAGGCGCAGAUGAGAGAGAGGAUGUGUUGAGGACGCCUGAUGUUGGGUCUGACGAGGAGGGCGAGCCGCCAAGACAUGCAAGACAGCGUGGAGAGGGCAGUGAGGACGAGGAGGAGGACGAGGGGCGGAGGAAAGGAAGUGAGUGGGACAGCGAGGAGGAGAGGGAGAGGUUUGCAGCUGGGAGUGAGGAAGGGGGGACUCCCAGGGCGAUGGGGGGGAGGGGAAGAGGGAGGCGCAGAGAAGGGGGAGAUGAUGAGAGCGAUGGAAGUGAGUAUGGCAGGGGGCCCCGGGGAGAGGGGUACAGCGAUGAUGAGAGGUACAGUGGCCGGGGCAGUGAGAGGGGCAGUGAGAGGGGUAGGGGUGAUUAUAGUGACGAGGAGAGGUAUAGGCGGCGAUAUGGUGAGGACGAGGAGUUGAGUGAUGAGGGCAGUGAGUAUGGGCGUGGGAGGGGGCGGGCACGGGAUGGGUACAGCCCCAGGGAGAGAGGGCUGGAGGGAGAGGAGGGGAGGAGUGAGGAGGGAUCGGAGGCAGCGAGUGAGGUGGAUGGGGAGGAGGUGGUGGGCAGGCGCAGUGAGGUUGGUGGAAGGGGUAAGGAGCGCAGGGUGGAUGGCGAGGAGGAGGUGGAGGAUGAGGAGGGGCGGGAGGAGGCGGCAGGUGAAGGCGGUGUUGGUGGGCACGAGGAGCAGGCAGAGGAAGGCGCCGAGGCUGGGGAAGGAGUUCAGGAGGAGGGGGAGGAGGAGGAGGGGGUGGGUGAGGGGAAGGUAGAGGGGAAGAGGCGCGUGCGGUUCACAAAGGAGGAGGAGCAUGAGGUGUGGGAGAUAGAGCGGGCGAGCGAUGGAGAUGGGGAGGACGAGGAGGAGGAGAUUGAUGAAGAUGAUGGGGGCACGGGAGAGAGCACGAGGCAGAGCAGGGCAGAAGGGAGUGUGGAAGGGAGUGUGGAAGGGAGUGUGGAAGGGAGUGUGGAAGGGAGUGUGGAAGGGGGGAGUGAGGGCGAGGGGAGUGUGGACGGGAAGCGGAGAGGGAGGCGGAUAGUGUGGCGAGACGAGGUGGGGAAUGAGCUGGAAGAGACGCAGCGAGGCGAGGACGAUGAGGACGAGGGCGAGGAGGGGCCGAGGGAGGAGCAUGAGUGGGGGAGCGACGAGGAGGAGGAUGAGGAGGGCAGGGUGAGGGAGGAGCAGCGGAAAGUGGGUCUGCAUGAGGUAGAGGAGGAGGAGAGCGAGGGGGUGGGGAGUGGGGAGGAGGAGAACUGGCGUGAUGAGGAGUUAGGGAGAGGCAGGGAUGGGGAGGAUGAAGAGGAGGAGGUUGAGGAGGCACAGGGACGGUUUAGCGGGGGGGAUGGUGGAGAUGAGGAGGAAGAUGAAGACCUGUUUCCUGUGGGGGUCCAUGGGGAGGACGAGGAGGAGGAGGAAGGGGAGGAUGAGAUGCCUUACACUCCCCAGACGCCUGAGUUCAUGGGGCGUGGGCAGACACGCGGGGUAGGGUUUGCAGGGCGAGGGGGAGGUGAUGAUGAUGAUGGUGGGCACGAGGAGGAUGAGGAGGGAUCAGAGCUAGACGACAGUGCGACGAGCAUGGGAGAGAGGUCGGAAGGGGGCGACCUGUUCCCUGUGUACGAUGAUGAGGAGGAGGAUGAGGAUGGGCAUGGGGCGGGAGGGCGGAGGCGAGGCGAGGAGAAGCUGAGUAUAGAGGACGGUGACGAGUGGGACAGCGGGGAGGAAGGCAGGAGCGACGAGGGUGGCAGGCAGGGGAAAAAGGGAGCGUGGCGGGAGGAAGAGAUGGAGGAGGACGAGGGUGGGGAGGAUGAGGAGGAAGGGGAUGGGGAGGGCAUGGAGGGGACGGGCAUGAGGGGGGAGACGGGUCUAGGCGGGGGAGCGAGUGUGGGAGCAGGAGGUGCGUUCCCCAGGUCGGCAUCGCAGAGCCUCCAGCGCAGCAGCAAGUACAUGCGCGAUGUGAUGCUGGAGAUGCAGGGCCAGGAGGGCGAGGAGGAGGAGUUGGAGGGAGAGGAGGGAGAGGAGGGGGAGGAAGGGUACGAGGAGAUGGAGGGGAGAGAAGGGGGGAUGAGCGGCAGGGUGGGAGGGGAGGGAGCGCGGUCGCUGCUGCCCAAGUCAUCGUCGCAGUCGAGCAGUCUGCAGCGCAGCGGCAAGUACGAGCUCGACUUCCUGCAUGAGCUUGAGGGCGAGGCCGGCGGCUUUGCACCCUCUGAUGAUGAUGCCGGCGAGGGGGGCGCGCAGUGGGCGGGGGAAGAGAUGGAGAGGGCGAGGGAGGAGGAAGAUGAGGAGGAGGGGGGGGGGGAAGGUGGCGAGAAUGGCAGCAUGGGAGGGGGCAGUGUAGAGGAGGCAGAGGAGGAGGAUGAGGAAGGCGAGAGGGCAGGUGGUAGUGUGGGGUUGCGAGGGCGGAGUGAGGCGAUGGGAGGGGAGGAAGGGGAGAGGCGUGCGUGUGCGCGGUCGCUGUUCCCCAAGUCGGCCUCCCAGAGCCUGCAGCGCAGCAGCAAGUACGUCAGCCACCUGCUCAGCGACCUGGACCUGUAUGGCGAUGGCGAGGGCGGGCAGGGGGGGAAGGCCAAGUCGAGGGGCAGGGAGGCAAAGGGAGGUCAGCAGCGCAGCAGCAAGUACCUGACUGGGGGGGUGCACGAUAUGGGGGAGGAGGGCGAGGAAGGGGAGGAUGAGGAGGUUGGGGAGGGGAGAGGGGGCGAGUGGGGCAGGGGCAGGGGCGAGGAUGGCGGGCGGCAGGCGGCAAUGGCUCGCUUCCCCAAGUCGCAGUCGCAGAGCCUGCAGCGCAGCAGCAAGUACAUGAGCGACCUCAUGGGCGGGCUGGGCUUGCAGCGAGGUGGCAGUGGUAAGGUAGGUGAUGGUGCUGGCGCUGGCGCUGGUGGGCUGAGGAGCCGGGCGUCUGGCGGGCUGGAGCGCAGCAGCAAGUACGUGAAAGACUUAAUGGAGGAGCUGGAGGAGGAGGGGGAGCGAGGAGAGGGGCACGAGGAGGAGGAGGAGGAGGAGGAGGAGGAGGAGGAGGAGGAGGAGGAGGAGGAGGAGGAGGAGGAGGAGGAGGAGGAGGAGGAGGAGGAGGAGGAGGAGGCGGAGGAUGAGGAGGAGGGUGGUGGAUUCGGCAAUGGCAGUGCGAGAGGCAGCAGCGUGGGCGUGGGGGCAGGAGGGCUGCACAGAAGCAGCAAGUACGUGAAGGACCUGCUGUCUGACCUGGACUUGUAUGAUGAUAACGUGGCUGCCCAGGCUGCUGCACACGCUGCUGCUGCUCUCGCUGCUGCUGCUCUCGCUGCUGCCAGGGGCGGCCGUGCUGCUGGGUCUGGUGAGGCGGAGGAUUAUUUGUCGGAGGAGGAAAGGGAUGGGCAGGAGCAGGAGGAGGGGUAUGGGGAGCAUGAGGGGGAGUAUGAGGAAGAUGAGGAAUUCAGAGAGGAGGGGGAGGAGUAUAGGGAGGACAUGGAGGAGGAUGAGGAGGGAGCAGAGCGGGCGUGGGAAGCAGAGCAGCAGCAGCAGGAGCAGCAAGAGCAGGCGCAGUCGUUGCAGCCGCAGUCGUCGCAGCUGGCGCGCAGCAGCAAGUACAUCUCGGACCUCAUGGACGAGCUGCGAGGCGAGGAGGACGAGCGCGAGCAGGAGGAGAUGCACGCCCGCGCCUCCGCCUCCGCCUCGCUGGAGGGGCUGCAGAGAAGGGCCAGCGGCAUGCAGGCGGGGCUGCGCGGCGGGCUGAGGCGGAGUGGUAACCACGUGGGCGACGUGCUGGGUGUGAUGGGGAUGGAGGAGGCGGGCGCGGUGGGGGGCACAGGGGAGGGCGAGGGGGAGGAGGAGGCGGAGGGGAUGUGGGAUGCGGAAAGGGAAGAGUGGAGGGAUGGGGAAGGAGAGGAGGGUGAGCAGGACGGGGAGAGGGAGGAGUGGGAGGAAGGGGCGGGGUAUGGGAGGAGGGAGAGUGGGAGGGGGUCGGAGGACGGAGAGGCGCUGAUGAGAAGCCCUCGUGGUGAUUGGGAGGGGGACGAGGGCGAGGAGGGGGAUGAUGGGGGGGAGGGGAGGAGGUUUGGUGAUGGUGAGGAAGGGGAGGAGGGAGAGGAAUGGGAGGAGGGAGUUGGGUCACAGCAGGGAGGAGGGGAGGAGGGAGAGGAAGGGGAGGAAGGGGGCAGGAGGAGGCAGACGAAAAUACAGUGGAAGGAUGAAACGGAAUGGAAGGGAGUGGGGGAGGAGGGAGGAGAGGAGUGGCACGAAGAGGGCGGAGAGGAGGGAGAGUGGGAUGGGGAGGGUGAGGAAGGAAGGUAUGGGCAUGGGGAUGAGGAGGAGGGGGUGGAUUUGUUCCCUCAAGGCGCGCAUGGUGGCAUGGGGGAUGAUGAUGAGAUGCAUGAUGGGGUGCAUGGGGGCAUGGAGGGGGAGGAAUGGGACGAGGGGGAGGAGGAUGGCGAGUACGGGCAGGGUGAGCGAGGCGAGAUGGCAGAGGAGGAGGGCGAGCAGGGCGAGUGGGAGGGGCCCGGCGCGAGGGGCAAGGGGCGAGGGCACAGGGGCGGGGACUCGGGAGGGAGCUUCGACUUUGGGAUGGGCUUGCAGGGGGGCGCGCAGGGCGAGGAGGGCGAGGAGGAGGAAGAGGAAGAGGAAGAGGAAGAGGGGCGUGAAGCAGAGGUUGCGAUGAGAGAGGAGGGCUUUGGGGAGGAGGGCGAGUAUGAGGAGGGGCAUGGCAUGGCAGGUGGGGGGGUGGAGGAUGAAGAGGCGGAGUAUGGGGAUGAGUAUGUGGGCCACGGGGAGGAGGGGUUGGAGGAGGGAGACGAGUACGAUGAGGGCAGGGAGGGGCUUGGUGGGGAGGGAGAGAGUGGAUUCGUUGAGGGGGACGAGGGGUAUGUGGAGGCGAGGGAGGGGUAUGAGGAAGGGAGGGAGGGGUAUGUGGAAGGGAGGGAGGGGUAUGUGGAGGGAGAGGAGGGGUAUGAGGAGGAGGGCUUUGAAAUGGGGCAGGAGAGGUAUGAUGAGGGGGACGAGGGGUACGAGGAAGGGGAAGGGGAGCACAUGCAUGGCGAGGGGCUGGAGGAGUUUGAGGGCGGUGAGGGAGCGCAUGAGCAAGGGGGUGGUGCUUACAGGCAAGGAGGAGGGGCGUAUGGGGAGGAGGAGGAGGGCGCGUACGAGGAGGAAGAGGAUGAAGGGUACGAGGGAGAGAGGCACGGGGUGCAGCAUGGGGAGGAGGAGUAUGGGGAAUUGGAGGGAGGCGAGGGGGAUGAGUACGAGGGUCACCCAGAGGACGAGUAUGGGCCGCAUGAGGAGCAUGAGUACGGGCAGGAGGGCGAGGAGGACUACGAUGAGUACCAUGCGGGGCGUGGGCAUGGCGGUGGCCAUGGCGAUGGGCAUGAGUUCGAGCAGGAGGAUGGUGAGGGCGAGGGGUACGGGCAUGGGGAGGCGGAGGAAGGGGAGGAAGACGAAGGGCAUGGCAUGGAGGGCGACUCAGACGAGGGGCAGGCGGCGCCAUACGACCACGAGGACCACGAGUUCUACCGCGCUCAGGACGAGCGCGACGGGCAGGAGGGCCACCACCCUGAGGGCGGCAACGACUGGCUGCUUCCUCCUGGGUCCGGGCGGCACGGCUCGUCGGAGCUGUACCGGGGGCGCAGCCUGGGGCGCAUCGACGAGCAGGUGGCGUCGGGGUCGGGCAAGUCUGGCAAGCAGCAGUCGGACCUGCACCGCGGGGGCAGCCUCAACCAGCGCGACGGGUCGUGGCAUGCACAGGGCGGCCACGGCUCGCAGGGAGGGCUCCGCCGCGGGCUGCGACGUGGCGGCAGUCUGAACCAGCCCGACGGCCACUGGGUGCAGGCGGGGCCCGCCUCAGGGCAGGCCUCGGGGCAGGCCUCGGGGCAGGCCUCGGGGCAGGCCUCGGGGCAGGCCUCGGGGCACAGGGCGUCUUCCCUGCGACGGGGGAGCAGCUUGAAGUGGGCGGAUGAGGAGGAAGCAAAGGGGAGAGGAGGGGGGGAGGGUGCGGAUGGAGGGAGGGACUUGGUUCGGGGGCGGAGUCUGGGGAGGACGGACGGGGAGUGGAUGGACCGGCGGGUGAACCGGCAGCUGGACGAGCUGAUUCACAAGGAGGGUGUGCACAUUGAGAACGGCGUGCCCUCCCGCUCCCACUCCUUGGAGCCGGGCGUGUGGAGCAGCCAUGACAGGGAGGAGGGGGAGGAGGGGCAAGGUGAGGACAUUGGUGGCAGGGGCAUGCGUGGGCGCGGCGGUGGUGGCGGUGGCGCAGCGGAUCAGUAUGGCGACCUCGGGCCGUUCAAGCCACGCCCUCCGUCGCGAUCCCGGUCGUCGAUUCCGGCGGAUCAGAUGGCAUCGACGGGCCUGAGGGGGUCGCGAUCAAAGUCGCUCGGCAAGAACGUGACGUGGGCCCUGGAUGAGAAGCAGAGCGAUGGGGAAAGGGAUGAGGGCGGUGGCAGGUGGGCGGAGGAAGGGGGCAAGUGGGGCGGCGGACGCAUCCAAGAGGAGGAGGAUGGCGACGAGGAGGGUGAGGAGGACAGGCGAGCGCAGGAGGAGGAUGGGUAUGGCGGGCGCGAGAGGGACGAGGAGGAGUACUUGGAAACUCUGCAGGAGGAGGAAGGGGAGGGCGAGGAGGAGGAGGGAGAGGGAGAGGAGGAGGAGGAGGACGACGAGGAGGAGCAGGAGCGGGUGGCGAGCAUCAAGUUCCAGGCGUCGCGGUCACAGUCGCUGGGCAAGGUGGAGGCGCACUCCAUGGCGCUGGGGCGCAUGGCGUGGCACGGGGACGACCAGGGGUACGAGGACGAGCAGGUCGACGGCGGGGACGGGGGCGAGGAGCAAGGGGGGUGGAGGAGGGGGGGAGUGAGGGGCAAGGCGAAGCCGGCGCGGUCGCAGAGUGUGACGGCGACGGAGGUGCUGCGCGCGCAGGUGGGCGCGGGCGGCGUGGGGAAGUCGGACCUGCUGCGCUCCGACUCGGUGUUCGCCAAGCUGGAGCAGCACCUCGUUCAGCGCCGCGGGCAGCCGGGGUAUGGGGAGGGGGAUGACGGGGAGAUGGAGGGAGAUGGGGGCGUUGAUGGUGAGGAGGAGGGUGUGGAGAUGGAUGGGGAGUAUGGCGCGGGGGUGGAGGGCGUGUAUGAGCGGGAGAGGGAGGACGGGGAGUGGGAUGGGGAAGGGGAGGAGCGGAUGGAGGGCGAGGAGGAGUAUGAGGAAGGGCGGCAGGAGGAUGGGUAUGAGGAUGGGGAGGAGAGGUACGGUGAGGGCGAGGGGUAUGGGGAGGAGGGUGAGGGUUAUGGGGAGGAGGGUGAGAGGUAUGGGGAGGAGGGAGUGAGGUACGGGGAAGAGGUAGAGGGAUAUGGAGAGGAGGGGGAGAGAUACGGGGAAGAGGGAGAGGGAUAUGGAGAGGAGGGAAGGUUUGAGGGAGAGGGUGAGUAUGGCGAGGAGGAGGGGGGGUACGAGGAGGGCGAGAUGGGGGGUGGAGAGGUGGAGGAUGAGGAGGACGAUCGCAAGCGACAGAUGGAGAGGGAGAGAGAGCUGGCGCUGGAGAUGGCAGCCGAGAUGGAUGAACGGCUGGAGAUGCGCAUGGACGAGGAGCAUGAGGGGAUCAACGGUCUGGAUGGAUUUGAUGACGAGCUGGAUGGGGAGGGCAGCUUGGAGUUUGAGGGGCAGGAUGAGGCGGGGUCGCAGCAGCUGGAGCAGGAGCAUGAGGAUGAAUACGGGCAUGAAGGGCAUGGCAUGGGUGGGCAUGAAGGGGAGGAGGGCCAUGGGGACGAGCACGGGGAUGUGCAUGGGGAAGAGUACGAGGGCGAGUAUGAGGGCGAGCAGGGGGGCGAGUAUGAGGGCGAGCAGGGGGGCGAGUAUGAGGGCGAGCAGGGGGGCGAGUAUGAGGGCGAGCAUGGGGACGAGUAUGAGGGCGAGCACGAUCACAUUCUGGCAGGCGGGGAGGGUGAGGGCGAGGGCGAGGGCGAGGGGGAGGGGGGGCUGCUGGACGAGGUGAGUUCAGAGGUGCUGCAUGCCUGGCGCCUGCCGUCCAUGGGCCCGCGCGCCCCCCUGGGGUUCAACCUGGACGCCAUGCACAUGCCACCCUCGCCUGCUGCCAAUAGUCCACUCGGCAGCCCCCUGGGCAGCCCCUUCGGGCAGGGCGCCCUCGGCAGCCCCUUUGGGCACGGCGCCCUGGGGAGCCCCCUGGGGGGCUUUGGGUCCGUGGCCGGGGGGGAUGAGGGCGGGCGGGGCGAGGGGCACGGGGGGAUGGCGGAUGGGGGGGAGCUGGAGCAGGUGGUGGAGGGCGAGGGGGAGGGGGAGGGGGAGGGGGAGGGGGAGGGGUAUGGGGAGGAAGGGUAUGGGGAGGAGGGGUAUGGAGAGGAGGGGUAUGGGGAGGAGGGGUAUGGGGAGGAGGGGCAUGGAGGAGAGUUUGGUGAGGGCGAAGGGUAUUAUGAGGAGGGGGGUGAAGGUGCUGGGGGGGAGUAUGGUGAAGGGCAGGAGUACCAUGAUGGGGAGGGGAAAGGGCAGUACGAGGAGGGGGAGGGAGAAUAUGCAGACGAGGGGCAGCAGUUUGUGGAGCAACAGGAAGGUGAAUAUGUGGAGGGUGAGUAUAACGAGGGCGAGGGGGAGUUUGAUGAGGAGCAGGAGUACGAUGAGGGGCAGCAGUAUGCAGCAGAGGGGGAGGGGCAGGUGGUUGACGGGGAAGGGGGGUUCCACCCAGCGGAUGGGCACGCAGACGGUGGGGAAGAGGGGGGUGCUGAUGGGGAGUACGGCGAGCAGUAUGAUGGGGAGCACUAUAACGAGGAUGAUGGAGGGGAGGUUGGGUUCGGUGGAUUCCAGGUGGGCGAGGAGGAGGGAGGGCAGGGAUGGGAGGGCGAGGAGGGAGGGCAGGGAGAGGGGUAUCCGGAUGGGGAGGGGUAUGGGGAAGGGGAGUACGGUGGUGAGGGGGCCUAUGAUGGCCAUGUGCAAGGGGAGCAGAUGGAGGGAGGGGAGUUUGGUGGCUUUCCUGGGCAAGGCGAUGAAGAGGGCGGUUAUCAGGAGGGGCAGUAUGGGGAGGGGGAGGGGGAGGGGCAGUAUGGGGAGGGAGAAGGGCAAUACGGACAAAUCGAUGGGCAAUUCGGUCCGGAGGAGGGACAAUUUGGAGAGGACGAAGGGCAAUAUGGGCAGGAAGAUGGUCAAUUCGGUCAGGAGGGGCAAUUUGGGCCGGGAGAGGGGCAAUUUGGGCAGGGAGAGGGGCAAUUUGGGCAGGGAAAGGCGCAAUUUGGGCAGGGGGGGGGGCAGUAUGGCGAAGGGGAUUAUGGAGAGGAGGGUGAUUGGGGCGCAGGUGAAUGCCAUGAGGGCGAGGGUGAUUAUAAUGAAGCUCACGGUGGGUAUGGGGAAGGUCAGAACCAGUCUAGUGUGGGGCACGGGGAGAAUGGGGAGGGGCAGUUUGAAGGGCAAGGGCAAUACGAUGAGCAAGGGCAAUACGAGGAGGAGGGUUAUGAAGAGGGCGAGUACAGAGAAGGAGAGUUCGUGGAGGAGGGAGAGUAUGCAGAUGCAGAGGGGCGUGAUGGCGGGCUGCAUAACAAUCAAGGCUUUCCGACUGAGCAGCAGCAGCAGUUUCAGCAGCAGCACCAGUUUCAGCCGCAGCAGUUUCAACAGCAGCAGCAGCAGCAGCAGCAGCAGCAGCAGCAGCAGCAGCAGCAGCAACAACAGGUUUGGCAGGGAGCAGGAGGCGAGGGCAGUGGGGCAGAGGGCAUGGGCGCAGGGGGGGAUCAUCUGGACAGCACGUUCGAGUUCAUGCAGGGCGGGCUUGGGGCGCGAAAGGAGGGCGAGGGGGUGGAGGAGGGGGCAGGCGGGGAGGAAGAGGACAUGGGGCAGGAUGAGGGAGAGUAUGAGGAGGAGGAGGAAGAAGAAGAGGGAGUGGAGGGAGAGGACUUGGAUGAAGAGGAAGAGGAGGAAGAGGGGGAUGACGAGGACGAGGAGGAAGGAGAGGAGGGAGAAGAGGGAGAGGAAGGAGAGGAGGGGGAGGAGGGAGAGGAGGGAGAGGAAAGUGGUGGGUUUGCAUUCAAUGUUGCGGGUGAGGGAGGUGAGGAGGAAGAAGAUUAUGAGAUAGAAGGUGAGGAAGGGGAGGAAGAAGAGGAGGACGAGGAGGAGGAAGAAGACGAAGAAGAGGAGGAAGAAGAAGAGGAAGGGAGUGAAGUGGAGGAUGUUGAUGAUGAGAGCGAGGGAGAGGAGGAUGAAGAGGAGGAGAUGGAAGAGGAAGACAGUGAAGAGGUGGAUGAUGAGGAAGAGGAGGACGAGGAGGAUGAUGAGGAUGAGGAUGAGGAUGAGGAUGAAGAGGAUGAGGAGGACGAAGAGGAGGAGGAGGAGGGGGCGGUGAUCGACAUAUUCGGGACGGGCAUGGCGGAGGGCGGGUCGCAGGGAGUGAUGGGCGCGCUGGGGGGCUCCAAAGGGCUGGCCCUGCUGCUGCAGCACCAGCUGGCGGCGGCACGCGCCAAGGCCAUGGGUGGCAUGGCAGCGGGCAGCGAGGAGGAGAGUGAGCUCUCCACACCCUACGACACGGAUGCAGACCUCGAUACAUCGGACUCCAACACAUCAGGCAACCGCCGCACCGCCAUGCUCCACCACUCCGAUCCCUCCGCCGCCGCCGCUGCUGCAGCGGGCAUGGGUGCGUUCCCGGCUUUGGGCGCGGGGCUGACAGCAGCCAGUGCAGCACGCAGCGGCCGGUCGGGCGCAGCCACGAAUGCAGGUCGCAGUGCUGCAGGCACAUCGCGGCGAGCAGCAGCCGCAGCACGGCAGCAGAGGGGGGCGGCAGCGAGUGGGGCGCGGCUGACAGCAGAGUGUCUGCUGAGCUUGCUGUCGUUCCUCGACUCGCCUCACGACUGGAUCAGCUUCUCCUGUGUCUGCCGCACCUGGCGCCAGGUGGCACACCAGGGACUCACGCGGUUGAAGCUGCCGCGGGGCAAGCGGGUGAACGCCAUGGGGCUGCUGAGGGCGCUCUCCUACUCGCGCACCCUGCACUCGCUGCUGCUGCCCUGCGCCGCCCUCGACGCGCCCGUGUCAGACGACUUCCUCUGCACCAUCGCCUACACCUGCCCCGCCCUCACGCACCUCGCCCUCGGCCCCGACCCCGACCUGGGCUUUGCCUACGGCCCGCACGGGCUCGCCACGCUCUUCAAGGGCUGCUCGCUGCUGCAGCGCCUCUCCAUUGAGGCCACGCCGCCCCGCACCUCCUUUUCCGGUGCUGCUGCUGCUGGGUCUGUGGUUUCGGGCGGCGAUUCGGCCAAUGGCAUGCAGCUGAAGCAGCUGAUGAAGAUUCUGUUUGCCCCGGGCAGCUUAAUGCCGCCAGGGGUGGCUGCGGGGGCGGGAGGGGGGGGAGUGGGAGGGGCGAAUGGAGGGAUAGGUGGAUCCAGUCACAUGCGCCAUCAGCACCACCACCACCAUCAGCACCAUCACCGGCAGCACCACCAGGCACCGUCAUCCACAUGCCCCACAUGCGCUGCCUGUGCCUCGCCCUACGCCCCCCGCAGCGGCACCUGCAGCCCUCUGCUCUUCGCUGCCGGUGGGGGUGCCAUGCCGCGCGGCUACACCGAUGACCGCAUUGCCAUGGGGGGCGCAGGCGCGCUGGGAGGGGCAGCACAGGGAGGGGCAGCGGGUGCAGGAGCAGCAGGGGGGAACAGGGCAUCUCACAUGGCGGGGAGCAUAAUAGGCGGCACCAUCACGGGCACCAUAGCGGAUGGGCUCAUCGGUGCUGCUAGCGGCAGCACCUCCCUCGUCGGCCGCAUUGCCAGCAGUGCUGCCGGCGCCCUCAUCUCCGACAGCUGGCGCUCUCUUGUUGGUGGGGACGCAGCGGGUGCGGGGACAGGAGCGGGGGGAGGAGGGGGGUGGUGGACGCCGCAGACGGGCAUCAUGCCGGGCCUCUCUCACUCCGCCUCCUCCGCUGCCCCCGCUGCUCCCACUGGGUACAGCCUGGGAGGGCUGUUCAGCAGCUUCGGCAGCGGCAACCCUAGCAUCAGGGGCAGCAUGGGCGGGCUGCCAGCAGGAGUGAGCAAGAGCGUGGCGGAGCUGCUGCACGACUCCGUGCCCAUCCGCCUCGCCACGCCCUCCAAGUCCAACCACCCCCUCCACUCCUCCCCUGACCUCGCCAGGCGCGAUCUCAGCCCUGCGCGGGCCAGGCCUGCUGUGGCUUCAGGGUCGGGCGCGUGGCCGGUGUCUGGCAGUGUGGGGAAGAGCAGCAGCGAGGGUGGGCUUGCAGGAAGGCCGGGGAUGGGGGGUGGGAUAUCGGGAGCAAAGGCGGGAGGAGGCAUGGGAGGAGCAGGGGAGGGAGGCGAGCCACAGGGGGUGCUGAGUGUGAUUGACAUCCCUGAGUCCUUGGGCCUGCUGCAGCACCUGCGCCAGCUGUCGCUGCACAUCAACAACCCGCGGCAGCAGGUGCGCCUGCCCGACUCCAUCGGCCGCCUCUCCCUUCUGGAAGACCUCCACCUCGCCUUCCCCCUCCCCGCCUUCGUGCCGCCCUCCCUGUGGUCGCUGCCGUCGCUGCAGCGCCUCUCCCUGACGGGGUGGAAGGGCCUCGCCUUCCUGCCCAACUGCCUGGACGACCUCUCCAGCCUGCGCUCGCUGCACCUGCGCUGCCACGACCUGCUCGACCUCCCUCCCUCCGCCGCCCGCCUGCAACACCUCACGGAGCUGCUGUGGGAGACGCCGCGCCGUGGCAAGGACCAUGGGGAUGCUGCUGGGGGUGGAGGUGGGGGUGGGAGCCUGUUUGGGGAUCACUAUGAGCACCAGCAGCAGCAGCAGCAGUCACUGGAGAGUGCGUCGGUGCCGCCAUCGCUGGGGCUGUUCACGCAGCUGCAGCACCUCACGCUGCGCAACGCCACCUUCCUGCCCGACGACCUGCAGCUGCUGGCGCCCAGCCUCACGCACCUGCAGGUGUGGGGCGCCCACGGCCACCUGCGCUUCCUCCCCCACUCGCUGCUGCGCCUGCGCCGCCUGCACCACCUCGACCUGCGCGGCGCCUUCUCCCUCGUGCCACCUGGCAUCGGCUGCCUCCAGGAGCUGACUCAGCUCUGCCUCGUCAGCGGGUCGCUGGAGAGCCUGCCGCCAUCCAUGGCUGAGCUGGCGAGCCUGGAGGAGCUGCGAUUGGACGGGUGCUCGGGGGAUCUGCAGCUGCCCGACAUGCUCUUCGCCCGCCUCAAGCGCCUGCGCUCCCUCUCCCUGCCCACCAACGCCGCCUCCACUGUUCCCCGCGGCCUCACCCUGCUCACCUCGCUAGCCUCGCUCUCCAUCGAGUGCUCUGCCUCCGUCCCCACGCCCCAACCGGCUGCUGCUCUUGCCGUCCCCGACCCCCUGCCCCUCACGCCUCCACCGCCUCCCACACCCGCUGCUGCCAUCUUCAGCGCCCUCGCUGCCUCCUUCUCCCCGCCGCCGCCCUCUCGGUCGCGCUCGUCACACCGAUCCGCCUCACCCAUUCCCUCCAUGACCCCCCUCCCUCCGCCCUCCUCGCCCCUCACCGACUCCUGGGACCCAUCCCGCCUGCCGCCCGCUCCCACCGCCCUGCCGUCCACAUCGGUGCUCCCUCUGGCCUUUGGCUCGCUGGCCAGUCUGCGCUCGCUGCGUCUGCUGUGCCCGCACCUCACGGCCCUGCCACCCACCUUUGUCGCGCUGCCCCGCCUGGAGGACCUGCAGCUGCGCUUCUCGGGCUCGCUGCCGCGCUCCUUCGGUGCGCUCACAUCGCUGCGCUCACUCGUGCUCGACAGCCCCAAGCUCUACGCGCUGCCCGAGUCCAUCGGCAACCUCUCCCUCCUCACCUCGCUCACCCUUGCCUGUGCGCACCUCACGCUGCUGCCCGUCUCCAUCGGCCAGCUCACGGCGCUGCGCACGCUCAAGAUUCUUCAGUGCCACUGCCUCGAGUCGCUCCCCUCCUCGCUCUCUGCCCUGGCCAGCCUCUCCCUCCUCGACGUCUCCUGUGACAAUCUCAACUGGCUGCCCGUGUCCUUCGGCCGCCUCGCAGCGCUGGAGGAGCUCUCCCUGGCAAGCAAGAACCUCGCGCAGCUGCCCGAGAAUUUUGGGCAGCUGCAGCACUUGCGCCUCCUGCGGCUCGACUGCCCGGCCCUUCAGAACCUGCCCGCAACGUUUUGGCAGCUGCCCGGGUCGUUGCGUGUGGAUAUGACCUCGCUGUCAUGUAACCGCGGCAUCUGCUGCCAGGAGUUUGUCGUGUGGCUGGGUGUCGGCGCCUAG